AUGGCCGCCGCCGAUCACCACGACGAUAAGCUCCACAUCUCCAUGUUCCCAUGGCUGGCCUUCGGCCACAUGAUGCCGUGGGUCGAACUCGCCAAGCUCAUAGCCCAAAAGGGACAUUCCGUCUCCUUCAUCUCCUCCCCGCGAAACAUCGACCGCCUCCCCCAAAUCCCCACCUCACUCUCACCUUUCCUCCGGUUCGUCAAGCUUCCGUUGCCGCCAGUCGACGGCCUUCCUCCGUCCGCCGAGGCCACCACCGACUUGCCUCCCAACCAAGUUCAGUACCUCAAGAAAUCCCUCGACCUGCUCCAGCAACCCGUGACCCGGAUCCUCGGGUCGCUCCGACCCGACUGGAUCUUCUACGACUUCGCCCAGUACUGGGUCGGGCCAAUCGCGGCCCGACUCGGAAUCAAGAGCUCCUUCUUCUCCAUCUGCAUCCCCGCUUUCCUCGGAUUCCUCGGCCCGCCUUCCGUCCUAAUUGACGGCGGAGACUACCGGAAGAAGCCAGAGGACUUCACCGUCGCCCCCAAUUGGGUCGAUUUCCCCACCACCGUCGCUUAUACCUACUACGACAUCAAGAACACCUUCGAUUGCGUCGAGGACGACGCAUCCGGAGUCAACGAUCUGAUCCGAAUCGGCCUCUCCGCUCGCAAUUGCGACGUCGUGACGGUCCGGUCCUGCUCCGAGUUUGAUUCUGAUUGGCUCCGGCUUCUCGAGAACAUCUACGAGAAGCCGGUCCUCCCCGUCGGCCAGCUCUCGCCGCCGCCUCCUGCGGCGGAGGCGGAUCCGACGGCGUGGGGGUCAAUCAAGGAGUGGCUCGACGAGCAGGGGAGCGGAUCCGUGGUCUACGUGGCAUUCGGAAGCGAGGCGAAACCGAGUCAGGACCAACUCACCGAGCUGGCACUGGGGAUUGAAAAUUCCGGGCUGCCGUUCUUCUGGGUACUGAGGACCCGCCGGGGAGAAUCCGACCCGGACGCGAUCGAGCUACCGCCCGGGUUCGAGGAGCGGACGAGAGGGCGGGGGAUCGUGUGCACGAGUUGGGCGCCUCAGCUGAGAAUCCUGGGUCAUGACUCGGUGGGCGGGUUUCUGACUCAUUCUGGUUGGAGCUCGGUGGUGGAGGCGUUGUCCCUCCGGCGGGCUCUUAUUCUGCUGACGUUCUACUCCGACCAAGGGAUUAACGCGAGGGUUCUGGAGGAGAGGGAGCUGGGGUAUUGCAUACCGAGGGACGAGUCGAAUGGGUCAUUCACGCGAGACUCGGUGGCCAAGUCGCUGCGGGUUGUGAUGGUGAGUGAGGAAGGGAAGGUUUAUAGGGACAAGGCGAAGGAGAUGAGCGGACUGUUUGGGGACAGGGGAAGGCAGAGCCGUUAUGUGGACAACGUAUUGGCUCAUCUUUUUAACAAAUGA